GUGAUUAAAUAGAGCUGGACCACCUUUUUUGGCUCUAAUGAGUGGUUGAAAGUGGUAAUGGAUCGGUGUUUAGGGAUUGUUGUGUUGUAUAUGAAAUGAAGGCAUUAGUAUUGAGGCGUUUUGUUUUGUUGUAUCUGCGACGGCGACAAUGAGUUCUGCGGGUUCCGGCAGAGGCAAGCCCAAGGCCACCAAAUCCACGUCCCGAUCUCAAAAGGCUGGCCUGCAAUUUCCGGUGGGCAGGAUCGCGCGUUUUCUUAAAGCAGGCAAGUACGCCGAUCGCGUCGGCGCCGGUGCUCCGGUCUACCUUGCUGCCGUUCUCGAGUACUUGGCAGCAGAGGUAUUGGAACUGGCCGGAAAUGCUGCUAGAGAUAAUAAGAAGAACAGAAUUGUGCCUCGCCACAUACAGCUAGCGGUGAGAAACGACGAGGAGCUGAGUAAGCUUUUGGGCGACGUUACCAUUGCUAACGGCGGCGUUUUGCCCAACAUCCAUCAACAUCUAUUGCCAAACAAGUCCGGAAAGGGGAAGGGCGACAUUGGUGCUUCACAGGAAUUUUAGUUUUCAUUUCAGCUUACUUUAGUCCUGUCCAUCAUCAUGAUAAUAAUCUUUGCCUCUCCACAAAUUUUUGGUUUUUUUCUUCUUUUUUAAUAAAUUCAUCUUUUCAUAUACAAAUACAAUCAUGGCUUUAACCCAGCUCAAGCUCAUACAAUCAUGGCUUUAACCCAGCUCAAGCUCUGGUAAUGAUGCUUCUUCAAAUGCUAAAGGCUUUACAUUUAGGGUACCGUAACAUGGAUUAACGAUACACAUAAUCAACGUUGCAGUAUAGAUCGAUGAUAUCAAGCUUCACCAUUUAGACGGAAAUGCCUCACUUCAGCAGAAGACCGAUAUUUGCUUGUCUGAUCAGUUGAAACAAUAGGAAAUUCAACUUUUGGCCAGUGGUUACUGUCAACAACACAAUCCAUCUCCUUUGAAAGAGGGGUGAUCCUCAAUUCAAUUGUAAAGAAUCUCAACCUGCAGCAUCAUCCUCAAAAAGAUUAGUUUUUUUUUUGAGAGAUGAGAGAAGUAGGAGUUACUGUGUCAAUGGCCAGUUUAACGAGUGUAUCAUGUAUAAUGAAAUGUUAGACUAGCUUCAGAACCACAACACAGGAAGAUUGGACAUUUAUUGGUGUUGAAUUUGAUCAAAGAAAAAGUGUAGGCUCA